CAAGUGCUUGUCUCGCAGUCGCUGGUCUGACGCUUGUUCCGUUACCUUUGGGAUUUGCCUUGAGCUGCCUCAAGGUAUAUCUGCUCAUACACCAUGUCUAUAUCCAAUGAAGCUCUACAGAAGCUGGCGCUCGAGAUCGAGACCCAGGCCAUCGCAGCACAGCAGCAGAUCGGCAUGGUCCGAAGCCAAUUAGCAGGCAAGCAGCGAGAGCAACGUCUACUCCGGUUAACGAUGAGCGAGGUGCAGAGCUUUGCAAGCAAUUCAGUCGUUUACGAGGGCGUGGGGAAGAUGUUUGUUUCUCUUCCUCCCAAUACUCUGCACGAGAAAUUACAGCGUCAGAUGCAAGAUCUCGACGGGGAUGUUGAUAAACUGAACCAAAGACUGCUGUAUCUCGAGACAACCCAGAAGAACAGCCGAGAGCAUAUUGAAAAGAUUCUACGUGCCAGUUAAAAGAGACUCAGACGAGCGGGCGACGACCGAAUAAUUCUUUGUAAAGCCGGGCUGGUAUUGCCCACAUUUUAUACCUACUCUAUAUACCAAAGCAGCAGAAGGCAGUACAUUGGCGAUGCGGGAUCAAGAGCUUAGGUAUAGACGCCAGUUGGUAGCAGUAGUAUGCAAGCACUACUGUUGCUACCUGUAGAUAUUGUAGCAGCAUUACCUCUGAUGCUCAAGGGAAUGAUGAAUCAAAAGCAUACUUGGCAAUAUGAAUAGCAGCAUCCAUAAAUGCAUGCAUACCAGUAUAUAUAUAUAUAUUAUUUCGUUU